AUGACACGGGAUGCGUCUUGGGCCACGGAGCAGCGCAUCAGACAAGUGUACGAGGUGGAAGGCGUUCGCAAAGUCCUCACCGCCAUUCAGCAUGGAUCGCAGAAGCGCUUCCUGCACUACUAUGCCCCACGAACUGGCAAGACCUUUGUGCAGGCCAGUUUGGCCUACUGGCUGAUGAAACUGAGUGAAGAGCUUGGCUUCAGCUUGGUGGUCAUAGUGAACGACCGGGAGUUCUUGGACUCGCAGAGCUUUGCAAUUUCGACGUAUUUCGGAGACGUCAUUUGCCAACCUGGCGGAGUUGUCAUGAGAGACCCCGGACGCCGUGACAGAGCUCACCAUCUGCAGUCGUCCAGCCGCAAGGUCAUCGAGGAACAUUUGCUGGGCAGGAUUCGACUGGACCGCCUGGAGAUUCGCCCAGUGGCUACGCCUGUCAGAUGCGAAAGCUCUUCAACCAUCAACCGGGUUGACCAACAACAACGUGGGUCGGAAGUGACACCAUCAGAAAUCCACAGCAACAUCAUGCUGUUGAAAAUCAUGCUGCCAGGUGAAAAAAUGAAGACUUUGGAGCGCGAUUCAUUGGCUGCGCUUUCCAAGAAGGCUUCAACUGGACACAUGGGCACUUUGAAGGCAUUGAGCAACGCCGGUGCUUCAUUGGCCAUGAAGAAGGUUCUCAUCAAUGGCGAGCCACGAGACCAUGCACACGCCAAGAGUGUACUUGAAGAGUUGCAGAAGGUGGAUGUCGAAGCCAAGAAACUUCUGAACCUCGUGAGUUCGAUUGACACAGUGAAGUCAGCAAGAGCGGCAGAGUGCUUCAAAGCAGUCCAAUCCAUUCGCCAACUGCUGGCUGAAGAUGCUUCGAAGCUUCAGGUUGCAUCACGACUGGGUGCUUGCGAAGCGAGUCUGGAUGCAUUGACCAAGUUUGGAUCUUUUGAAUUGGAUUUCGGCGAAUUCUUUGGAAGUUUCUCUACGCCAUUUCAUGCUGGCCGAAAUGCCGAAUUCUACCGGCAGAUCUGGGCACUGCUGACUCAGCUAGCUGUAGCAGACCAAGAAGCUGAGAAAGCAACUUCUGCAAAGAAAAGCGUUGAUUCCUUGGAGGAUUUUGAUGAUUCUGCGGAAGCAUCGCGGACAGCAACUUUGCUCCAAAAGCUGCGACAUGCUAUGGCUUCGGCAAGCCCUGCGUUGCUGAAAGCUAUGAAAGAUGAAAAGGCCGUGGAUGCCUUGCGUAGAGUCAUGGCCUUUGGGAACCUGGAACAUGUGAAGAUUGCAGAGGACAUUCUGAAUUUGUUUUCUGACAUUUCUGAGGAUGCCUUCAAGCUAGCGCACUACCGCCAUUUCCUUGGGCUCUUCUCAAGAGCCACCACAUUCGACUCAGAAGACCUGAAAUGUGUUCGAAAUCUCUUUGAGAGAGCUUUGCCCAGGCCAGAGCCUGACAUGUUCUCUCUCUUUUUCCAGCGUGCGGCUCGAGCAUCUUCUGAUUUGGAAGGGCAGAUCAUCCGCCGAUUUGGAUUGCAGCAAGUGGGACAGUAGCUUGUCAGAUGCGGAGGACCGGGACAUAGUCUUGGAAAUGAAAUUUUAACGGCUUUUGGAGAGGAAAGGCCAUCCAAGCGAUUACGAAGUGCUUGAUCCAAGAUAUCCAAGGCUGGGCUAAACUGCUAAACAUGACAGACAGGACUGAAAGGAC